GAUGCCGAGUUUCUCGCCUCCUCUCUUCCUGAGCACAUCAUCCUUUCUAAAGCGCUUGCCAACUCACCUCGCCCACGCGCCCUCGUACCCUUCUACUACCGCGCCACCCCUGCCUCCCGCACCGCGAAGGCGGAGUUCGCACACGAAGACAUCACGCUCGCGACGCUCGUCACUCAUUCUCGCUUCACCGUAUUCAAGCGGCUCGUCGAGCGGUACGAUGGUCCCAUAUCAGUAGCGGUGCACCACGAGUGGUCGCACGCGCACCCGGCCGUCGCGUCGCAGCUGCGCGCCCUGCACGUGCUGUACACCUCAUCCCCGCGCUUUGCGGAAAGGGUGGACGUGCACCUGGUGCUUGCGCCGCACGAGCGGGCGCUGAAUACGUGGAGAAACGUCGCGAGGCAGCUGGCGAGGACGGGCUUGGUGAUGAUGCUUGAUGUGGAUUUUGCGGUUUGCACGGAUUUUAGAGGGGCGCUUUUGAAUCUUGGAGUAGUGGGCGCACGGGAUGCUGCUGGUGCCGGUGCUAUCGUUCCCGCGUUCGAAUACACACGUCUCCGCGAUGGGAUGGAUUCACGUACGUUUCCGCGCGAUAAGCAGAGCCUACUCGCGCUCGUGCAUAGUGGGAAAUUGGACAUGUUCCAUCGUUCGUGGCAGCCAGGGCAUAAUAGCACCGACUAUACGCGCUACUACGCCGCUGCGCCUGGCGAGGUGUACAAGGUGGAUCGGUACCAGGCUGCAUACGAGCCAUAUGUGGUAUUUAGGAGGGAUGGGCCGCCGUGGUGUGACGAGCGAUUCGUGGGGUACGGAGGAAACAAGGCGGCGUGCUUGUUCGAAAUGUACCUGUCCGGCGUGUCUUUUUAUGUCCUCUCGGACCAUUUUCUCAUACACCAAACGCACCCAUAUGAAGAGGCUGCGCGGAAGGCAGAGAGAAAAAGCAACAAGAAACUGUACCAGGACUUCAAGGAGGAGGCGUGUCUUAGGUAUCUGAGAAGGCACCGAGAUGCUGGGACGCUGGCCGGCGCUCUAGGCCACAACGUGCGGAAAGAAUGUCUGAAGAUGCGAGGUGUG